AUGGCAAAGAAAACAGGAAACGAAAACUCUAAGAAGGCGCAAGGUAGAGCUAGAAAGGACGAGGCUGCCAACAGAAAGAAGGAAGAAGCCAACGCUGCCUUAGAAGCUGCAGAAGCCGCAAAGUGGGAUGAAGGUUCCAAAAAGAAUAACAAGAAGAAGGAAGACGCUGAGUUCAAGAGGCAAGAAGCAGCUAGAAAGAAGGCAGAACGUGAUCUAUUAUUAGCUGCUGAAGAAUCUGCCAAUCCAUCUAAAUCCAGAGGUGCUGCCAAAGUUGCUGCUAAGAGAGCUGGUAAAAUUGAUGAUUUCCUUGAUUUCAACAAGGAUAUCACUGAAUUAAGUGCUAGCGGUAUUGAGAAUGCCUUGGAGGCAUUGGCAUUAACUCAAAAGGAUGCUGGUUUGAGUAACAAGGAUAUUGAUAGACAUCCUGAAAGAAGAGUUAAAGCUGCAUUUGCAGCUUAUGAAGAAAGAAGAUUACCUGAGAUGAGAAAGGAGAAUCCCGGGUUACGUUUGAAUCAAAUCAGGACGUUACUCUUCAAGGAGUUUCAAAAAUCAGAUGCAAACCCAAUGAACCAAGACACUAAUAUUCAUUUCAAUGCAACUCGAGAUGAGAUUCAAAACAAGAAGCACGAAGUAAAGUCUUCAAGAGAAAAGAGAUUCAAUUAA